GCGAGGGUCCCGCGCCAAACCUCGCGAGAGCUGCGGGGCCAGGGGGCGGGGUCCGGUUGCCGGGAAACGGCCGGGGUCGUGGCUGGGGUUGUCCGACGGAAGGGACUGGAAGACAGCAAAAGCAGUGACCAAUGGCUCGAAUCAGUAAAACCGUAAUAUUGAGCUUGCUCUCUGUGAUGAGUUCAAUCUUUCUGUUAUUUCAGCUGUAUUAUUACAAACAGUACUUUUCAUCAAAGAAUGGAGCAGACAUUUCUGAUUUCAAAGGAAGUUAUUCCUUGGAAGAUAGCGUGCCCUGGAAAGUGGUCAAAAAAUUUCUUGGUUUGGUAUCAGCCCACAACAUUCCUUUGUAUCUCAUCGAUCCUUUGGUUCUGGGACAGAUGAAUGAGAAUAUUCACCAGGAUACAAGCACAGCCAAUGGACUAAACUGCCAGUAUCUGUGCGCUCCCAGAGAGAUUACCACAUUUGCACUAUUGGGCAAAUUCUGGAAAAAUGAAGUGUUCCUGAAGAGAGAAGCUGAGGAGCAGGGCUUCCAGUGGAUGGAGCUAAGUGGCAAAGACCCACGACUAGCUGGAAUGGAUGGUCUUUCUGGAACUGAGAUUCCACUACAUUACAUCUUCAAGCUGCAGAGCCACGCCAUCCACCUGGUGGUAUUUUAUGAGAGGAGUGGUAACUACCUCUGGCACGGGCAGCUGCGGCUGAAGCAAAACGCAGACAAAAUGUUCAUACAUUUCCGAAAAUUGCACUUCGGGCGCUACCCUGGAGCUUAUAACAAACCUGAGCUGCAUCUAGCUUUAGUUGAUGGACUGGAAAUUCAUGUUCCUAAGGAAAUAACACACUUCCUUAAGGAAUUUUCUCAUUCCAGAUUUGUUGAAUGUAGAUACAAGGAAGCAAAGAUGUUUUAUCAGGUCUACCCAGAGGACACAUCCCAAGAUGCCAUGGAUUUUAAGAAAAAGGCUAAGCAUUUGCUUCAUGUGGCUGCAAAGACAUUAGAUAAACAGAAGGUGCCAUUCUGGCUCAGCAGCGGAACAUGUCUCGGAUGGUUCAGACAAUGUAAUAUCAUCCCAUAUAGUAAAGACGUGGACUUGGGAAUAAUGAUAAAAGAUUAUAAGCCUGAUAUCAUCGCAGAGUUCCAGAGGGCAGGACUAACACUGAAACAUAAAUUUGGCAAAGAAGAUGACAGCCUUGAACUUUCCUUUCAGUUAGCUGAUGUGAAGCUGGAUAUAUUCUUUUUCUAUGAGGAGGAUGAUUACAUGUGGAAUGGAGGAACCCAAGUCAAAACCGGCAAGAAGUUCAAAUACAUGUUUCCUAAAUUUACUCUCUGCUGGACUGAAUUCCUAGAGCUAAAGGUUCGAGUCCCCUGUAAAACACUCGCAUACGUGGAAGCAAACUACGGCAAGAACUGGGAAAUUCCUGUAACCAGUUGGGAUUGGAAAAGUUCCCCGUCUAAUGUUCAAGAGAAUGGCAUUUGGCCUCCUGGCGACUGGGAUGAAGUCAUCCAGAUCCAUUGAGCAUUGCUGCAUCUGAAUGGGGAGAGCAAUAGAGAAAUAAUGACUGAGCCACAACAAUCUAGAAAAUUGGUUAAUUGUGGUUAAUUAUCUCUGGUGCAAUCACUGAACGUAAAGGGUUUGCAGCACUGGAGAUAUGGUGGUCAGGUGAGAGCUGUCUACUGUCUUUGUUUUGGUUUGUCAAGGAAGCCUCUUUCUACAUCAAGAGGCAGUUUGGAUACUGACUUUCAAUAAAUUGAACUAAUUGACUAAAUUUACCUAUAAAUUUAGUGAAAUUUCAGGAUUAGGAUAACCUUCAGUUUUUAAAUUAUUUUAUGAAAUUUGUGCUACUGAACACCACUGCAGAUUAAAAUAUUAAUUUAUUGAAAUGUUUACAUUAUAUAUUUAUUAAGGAGCAGAAUUCUACAUAGGUUACUAGAUUUUGAAAAGAAGGCACAGGUAACUUGGAUGCAUGUAUUGUACACUGGGUGUCAAGAUGCUCUUGUGUUUACUAAACUUAAGGAAAUGAUCCAGUUGAGAACUCGUGUUUUUAUUUUACUUUUGAUUGACGUAAUUAUUUGGCAAAUUCCUUGUCUUGAGUAUUGACCAAGACUAAGCAAACCUCUCAGUAACUAAUAAUUCUAAUGUGCAAUUUUUUUCUUGCAUUCAGAGCAGAGAGAUUUGGGUAGUAGGACAAUUAGCCUUUGUAUCAAUGUUAGAUUAUUGGGCCAAUAAAGUUUCUAGUUCUUAUGUAAUGUCAUUGAACUGGAAGCAUUAAUGGUUUCUCUCUCCACAGAUGUUGCUUAACCUACUGAGAGCUUUCAAUUUUUUUUAUUUCUAGUAUUAAAAGUAUAUUGUGUUUGUCAUAUUUUGUAACACUAUCAGAAUUAAAAAUAAUUGUUUAAGGUGCUAUCCCACUAUCGGGAAUGAACUACAAUAAGUAUGAGUGAUAUCACUGAAUAAUGUUUACAUUCUGCAGUAAAGACUGCAUUCUGAGUUGUUAGUUUUUGCUUUGAAAUCUGUACUUUGUGUAUUUGUUGACGAUGUAUGUUCUAAAUUUUUAUUUUGUGUGGCAGAUGGUUCAGAUUGACUGAAGCAUCUAAAAAAUAAUAAGAUAUUAGAAAUGAGUUUAAGAAAAUACAUUUUUGUCUAUUGUUGAAAUGUGAAAAAGACAGGAAAUGUGAUUUAAUCCCAAUUUUAAGUAGUGGCAGGUCCAAAUUAGAAUCUCUAUUACAGAGAUCUUUUCUACUGUGCCUAAAUGUAAGGCUAAUUUUUUGUAAGCAAAAUCAAAAUGUCGAAGAUGGAUGUGAGAGAAACUGCUCAAACUGACAUAGGUUGUUUUGUUCUUACUCAGGACUUUUACUGCACCAGCACAAAAUUGUAUUUUUAUUUUAUAUAGUAUAUAAUGUAUGUUUAUGUGUAUAUGCAAUGUAAACUGUGGAAUUAUCUAAGCUAACAUGAAGCUAACUAACAUAGUGUACUGAAUGAUUUGGAAAGCAUUAUAGUAUGAAAGUGGCUCUUUUUCUAUGUUAUUGUGUUAUUGCUACCUUCAAGUUGAAUGUGUAAUAAAUAAUUUAAGAUGGCA